CAAAUCAGCACUGUCGGUGGAAAAUUAGUAGCGCCGUUAUGCUGACUAAGUGCAACGCAGGGCACCCAUCGCAGGUAGAGAUUAACAGAGUGCUCACAAACUAAACCGUGAUUCAAAAAUGUCACAAAUGCAUCGAAAUUGCAUUUUAAAGAAUGUUUCACUGGUAUAAAGUUGGAGGGGCAAGACUAGUAAAUCAUCAAGUAUUUGGUUUUGUUAGGAGAAUUCGCGGUGCAGAUAUAGAUGUUGUGCAGAUACAGAGGCGUGUUUAACGGGCGGGCGCAGGGACCAUGCGCGCGACGACGCGAGCUGACAUCCCCGGGCAUCGCAUCCCUCACUCAUUUAUGCCCCCUUAAGACGCAACACAGAAGGAAAGCCGAGCAGAGGAUCUCCGUCAAAAAAACCAUAUCUUCCAGGAAAAAAUAAUAAUUUAAAUAAAAUGGUCAGAAGUGAAAGGCAACAGAGGCAACUGAAAUCCGAAGAUGUAUUUCUGGAGUCCGAGGGCUCGGUGGAUCAGCGGGAUUUCACUGAGAUGUCUAGUUGCCCUUUCAAUGACGUCUUUAACGCCAGUGACUCUGCUAUGGACCAGUUCGACACUUUCCUGAAAAACGUUCAAGUUUUACUGGAGGCAGCAAGUUACAUUGAAAAUAACGAAAAGAAAGAUGGAAAAUGUGAACACGGGUACGCUUCGAUGUUUCCAUCAAUCCAGAACACGAGCUAUCAAAGACAACGGAAAUUUCGAAAUAAAAAGUACAACACCAACCACAACAGGUCUACACACAACGAGCUGGAGAAGAACAGGAGGGCUCAUCUCCGGCUGUGUCUGGAGCGACUGAAGGCACUUAUACCACUGGGACCAGACUGCAACCGGCACACAACCCUGGGUCUGCUGAACAAAGCCAAAACACACAUUAAGAAACUUGAGGAGGCUGACCGGAAGAGCAAGCAGCAGCUGGCCAACCUGGAGCGCGAGCAGCGCCACUUACAGCGCCAGCUGGAUCAGUUGCAGGGCAUCGCCCCCGGCGAAGGCGAGCGGAUACGCAUGGACAGCGUAGGCUCCGACCACUCCGACUCGGACCAAGAGGAAAUCGAAGUCGACGUUGAAAGCACUGAAUUCUCCCAUGGAGACAUGGACAGUGUGAGCACGGCCAGCACCAGUGACCUGGACGACCACAGCAGCCUGCAGAGCAUGGCCAGCGACGAGGGUUACUCCAGCUGCAGCAUCAAACUCGCCUUCUCCUCCUCGUCUUCCUCCUAGAGGGCCCCGAGGGGGGGGGGGGGAGCCAGAUUCAGGGGUCUGACGAGGCAAGCGGACCCCUCCAGACCCCAGCCCUGCACAGUGUGACCAGAACAGGAAGCAGCUUCAGAAUGUGAACCAAAAGGUGGACCUUAACGGCAGCAAGCCAUUUGCAGCUUCCCCCCCCAAUCCUUAGUAGCUGCGCAGACGCCAGCACGAGUUCGGAAUGUGACACGCAGAAAAAUUUUAACGUUUCGGAAUUUUUAGAACUCCUGCAAAAUAUAUAUAUUUUUGUGUUUGUGAAGCUGAACGCUUUUAAAGUAACAAACCUCAUGAAAAAGAUUUAAAUAUUUGAGAGGAAAAAAAAAAAGAAAACAUGAAAGUAUCUUAAGCAUGAAUUAUAUACCAGAGUUUUAUUUCCUUACAAAAUUAAGCAUUGAAUUUGUAGGUUUUGAAGAUUUAAGGCUAAAUUUGCAUUCAGUAGGUUUUUCGUUUCUCGUUUGCAAGAAUCCCUGACGUCUGACUGGGAUCUGAACUUGUUUUUUUGAGCUGGUCACCUGUGCCAACUGGUUCUGCAGAUAAAGGAACAACUAAAAAUCCAACACGUGCAACAUGGGAAAACAAUCCAUUCUUGCCAUAUCAAGAUUUAUUUAUUCUUACUAUUAUUCUUGUCAUUAUUAUUCUAAUUUGACCCUCGAGCUUCAGCCAGUGCACAACGCCGCCACAGCUCAAAAACGGGGAGGAGGGGUUUAAAAACAAAACAAAAACUCAUUGGUGCUACGUGAAACAAACCAACCAAUCAGAUAAAAGGUGAAAAAAAAGCAGUUGGCAAUGGCAGCCUGAGUCACGUCCGUCUACAGGACACACAUUCCCAUUACGGUGGGUUUAGGUGCGUUCAGACGCGGGGUCACUUGCCGUGGUCCAGCGUGCAGCUAACGCAGCUACCAUAAGCUACCUUGUUACCUGCCUCCAUCAUAGAGCGUAGAACCGGCGCCGUCAGUCCAUAGUAGGCGGUCGCCAAAGCAGUACUCAGUAUGUCCAAAGCAAUAACACUCGUAGUUCUGUCUCAGACUUUGGCUAUUUUUUCUUCCCUUUUCUGAGGCACAUACCUGUGUCCGUCCAAGAGAGCAAAGUGUACUUGCUUGUUUUGUAUAUAAACUCAAAAUAGUUUCAUAAAUUAAAAAGGAGAAAAAAAAGUCGGUAGUACCUAUGAAUAGAGACAUUGCCUCUGUUGCCGUUUUUGUCUGUGUUUUGUGCAUUUUUAAAUUAUAUAUAAAAUAUAUAUAUAUUAUUUUUUUGGGAAAGAUUUCUUUUCAGAGUGAUGGUCGUUGUGGCAUGGGCAGUGUUUGUAAAAUUUGCUGGUUCGAACAGUUUUCAUUCUGUAGCUGCCCGCGAGGGAGAACUCGCGCCUGCAUUUAAGACACAGAACACACGGAGGGUAACAGAUGGAUUCCGCCUUGCGUUCCAGGCUGCCUCGGAGUGGCACUCGUGUUUAUUAGGCUCAUACUCUGCCGUUUCUCAGCUGAGGGACACGCCAAGGGGGAGUAACUGGGCGAUUCCAAAUGAAAAACCUCUGGGCGGUUUUCAGGUCUCCCAAACUGCACUUCCAUGUCUGGCUUCCCUUUCCGUCUUUGUAUUUUCAUGAAAAUCCCAUGUAUGGACAAAAAAGCGUAACAGCUGGAUUGGAUUUUUUUUUCUAAUGUUUAUUUAUUUAAACUUCACCCCUCACACAGAAGUGUAAGAUUUUUUUUUUUAUUAUUUAUUUUCCUGUUUGGUUUUAUAUAUUCUUCGAGACCUAAACCAUGUUUCCUAUUUUCGAAUUUUACAAAUUGUGAGAAAAUAGUAGCGUUGGCCAUUCUUUGUUUUUCAGUUACCUUUGGCUAUGCUCAACCUUUUGGAAUGUAAUCUUCGCAAGCACAUUCCCAGUAGCAGAUAAGCAUUGCUGGCGUAGGUCAAGCCGCGAGCCCCGUUUAUGUGACUGGCAGAGGAUGAGAGACCCCACUUCCUGUGGAAGAUGGGAAGCUCUGCGCAGCGCUAAUGUCCGAGCGGGAGGCCUGGCUCCUCACUGCACUGCCCUGUGACCUUUUGCCAUUCCAAUUAUUCGGCAGUGAUCUUCAGUGAUGCACCAAGGUCAAACUACCGUCUCACAAGUGUAACCUACAGCUACACUUUUUAAAAUACUUGGAUUUAUUUGAUGCCAUAUAGGGUAUUUACCUUGAAAACAUAUUAUUCUGGCUUUUAUGAAAAUUUAAGUGUAAAAUUACUGUCAACAUAAAUGCUUUUCUUUUCAUUAUUAUUAUUAUCAUUAUUAUUCAGCUUGUCUUACUGUUCCCAGUUUAUUCUUACAGCGCAAACUAAUUUUCCUUUGUUUCGAAUCUACAAAUUGUCAUUUUCCCCUUUAUUUUGUGAAAUGCACUAUGAAAAGGACUCGUCACCAGAAACACUUUCUAAUUCCUUCACUGAUCUGUCUGUGUCUUAGAAACUUCGGGAAGCCACCGUGGCGGCAGAAGCGACCCCAUUAUUUUUGCAUAGAUGUCGGUCCUAGACACUGGCAGUGGGUCAGUGAAAUAAAGUUUCCACCCCUCAUAUUUUUUCCA